UACAAUACACUCCAUUAUUUAAACAACAAGAUGUGCCCCCAUCUGUUAGUGCAUCAGGAAAACAAGUUCAAUUUGAAGGGCUGAGAGAUGUCAUUUAUUCUGAGGUUGCAGCUCUCAUUGCCCAAAAUGAAGAAAGACCACACUAUCUGAUAGAGUUAUUUGGUAAAUUGCAGCUACUGAACACUGAUUAUUUAAGACAGAGAGGGUUGUAUGCUAUACAGGAUAUUACUAGUCGCUUCUUAACUGAAGUCAAUCAAGGGAAGGCAAGCAAACGAAGCAACAGCGCAAAAUUUGAUUAUGUUGAGAAAGUUGAUUCAGCCAGUUCACUCUCCACCCCUCCUCCUCCUAAUAAUAAUAACAACAACAAUGAAGACAUGGAAGAGCCAUUACAUAAUGUAGUGGUUGUUGAUCCAUUGAGCGUGAUGGUAUCUGGUGGAUCCAGUGAUAUAAACAGCUUAAUGGAUGAUAAAAUUAAGAUAAUAAUGACUGAAGUUAUUCCUUUGCUCAAGGAUCAUUUGAAUACAAUUUGUAAUGUUGAGCUAUUGCAGUACAUCCAGGAGUCCAUAUUGAAUAUUGUUAUCAAGAGUGACAAGGAGCUUAAUGUAGAUGAAAGUGGCGGUGGACAGUUAAAGAAUAUGUUCCUCAAACAAAUUGAAAUCAGUUUGAGUUCUGCCAUAGGAAAGUACAUCAAUAAAAGGUUGGGUGAUAUCGGGGAAGAUUUGUUGGUGGAUGUUAGCGAAAUUUUAUUCAAUGAAUUAUCCUACUAUCAGCUACUAAAAGAACAGGA